AUGGUAUAUAUACACCGUAUCAUACCCACUCCACAGAAAUCAUUAGAACACAAGAUUAGGAACAACUUGGACUUUAUUCUCGUACAGAUAAAACUGUGUAAAAUGCAUCUAUUUACAGGGAGCGGAACUCACCGUCAUGUUGAACAACACGUGAAGCUGGUUGUGCUUGGAGCCUCUCAGGUUGGCAAGAGCGCUGUUGUCCAGCAGGCGCUCUCACGCAACUUCCCGUCUGAGUACCGAGAAACCAUAGAGGAGCAGCUCUUCUACCAAGGUGAUGGCUUUUUGCUGGAGAUAACAGAUACAUCAGGGUCGUAUAACUUUCCUGAAAUGAUGAGACUCUCAAUUGGCGAAGGCGAUGUGUUUCUGUUAGUUUUUUCUGUGACGGACUGGCCCUCAUUUGAUAGAAUAACACGUCUUCGACAGCAAAUCAUAGAACUGAGAGGACCGGAUGUUCCAAUGAUAGUGAUUGGAAACAAGACGGACCUCAUAGAACAGAGAGAAAUCGCACCGGAAGUUGUAGACUCAAUUGUGACAAUAGACUGGGAGGCCAAGUACCAUGAAACAUCUGCUAAGAGUUUUGACCAAGUGGCGGAGGUAUUCAGAGACGUUUUCAAGUGUUUUCCCGCCCUGUAUGGAGAAAGGCUGGACAUAGACGGGAGUAACUUAAGGCUAAGGCGUUCUGCUUCUAGAGAAACCUCAAACAAUGACACAAUUAAACCAAGCAAGUCAAAACUUCGACGAUCUCUCGGUGCCUUAUUUAAGAAAUUGCAAACAGUUGUAGAACGGUGA